GACUACAACAACAUGGGGAAGUUCCUGAACCGUAUUUUGGGCAUGGAGGUCCAGCAGCAGAACGCCUUGUUCCAGUAUUUCUCCGACACGCUGGCAGCGGUUAUUCAGGAGGCCAAGAAGAACGGCAGAUACGAUAUGGGCAUUCUCGAUCUGGGCUCCGGUGAUGAGAAGGUGAAGAAGGUGGACUGCAGGAAAUUCCUAACGCCGGGUUACACCACGUCUGGACACGUAGAACUCUUCACCGUGGGUGUGGAGAGGGGGAUGUCGUGGGAGGAAGCAACGCAUGCUUGGGCGGAUCAGAACGGACCAGAUGAUGGUUUCUAUGUUCAGGUACGAAAAAGCGUGGGACGAUUCUCGCUCCGAAUUCUGCUCUGCGACCUUUAG